UAUCGAACAAUUUGUGAUUAACCGGUCAAACAAUUUGACAAUACCUUUCCAACUACUCGAUAUUUUUUAAUCUCAAAACCAGAAUAAUACUUGUUCUGCAGCCUGUAAUAAUAAUCCAGAUCAAACCGGCUGACAUGGGUAUCAGGUAUACAAGAAAUCAAGAAAUAGACAACUGAAAAAGAAGUUACUUUGAUUACAUAUCCAAUCUGCAAUCUCAUCGUCCGACAAUGGCAUCCGAACCAUUUUAGAUUUGUCAUGCGCUAGAACCCUUUCUUGAAGUAGCCAACUUCAUUACUUCCUCACGUUUUUUUGGCAAGUCUUCAAGUCGUCCUUCUGAAGAGGGACCAGCAGUUUCUUCUGAGAAAUCUCUGAUAGCCAACAAUCUACCGAACACCCUUAGACAGAAGAUUUGUCAAGACAAGGCAGAUUCAAUCAGUGUGGAAAAAUAUAAGAUUGAGCUUUGAUCCGUCAAUACUCAAUAGUUUAUUGAAAAAAUCAAAGUCUAACAUAAUAAGUCAUGUCAAUGUAAACUGAGUAAAAACUUCCCCCAGUGCCAGGAAGGAGGCACAUUGUUACUCUACUAUCAACUUGGCUAAAAGAACUCGUCAAUUUUUAAUCAAGAUAGUAGAAAAGUCCGCAAACAGGUCAUUGCUGUCUGCAUAUAAAUCUCCUUCCCCUGGUGGAUCAAAUAUUCCCAAUUUAACUCGUUGUUUUAUAGGCAGAGUUUCCAACUGUCUAUCAAUGGCUAUCCCUCUUCAAAAGAUAAGAUUAUCAUUGAAGGAGCAUAAGCAGGAGACAAUCAUCUCCACUACACCAUGCAAUUGGUCAAGAAAUUCAUUUUUUCCUGGGGUAGUAGGAAGAGGCAGUGCACGAAAAAGUCUUGUUACAACCAAAGUGGUACCAAAGAAUGACUCACCAAUCAGAGUUUCCGACUCUGAAAGGAUGAAAGCUAAAGAAGGGGAUGAAGAAAGAGUUGCUCUAACUAAAGAGCCAAAAAGAAAGUUGGCUGAUGCCUGGAGAGAAAUUCAUGGUCAAAAUGAUUGGGCAGGCAUGCUUGAUCCCCUUGAUCCACUCUUGCGAGCUGAGCUGAUGCGCUAUGGGGACAUGGCACAAGCAUGUUAUGAUGCCUAUGAAUUUGAUCCAUAUUCCAAGUACUGCGGAAGCUGUAAAGUCAAACCAAGCAUGUUCUUCGAAAACCUUGGCUGGAACAAGUGUGGUUACGAGGUAACAAGCUAUAUUUAUUCAACCUACAAUGUCAACUUCCCAAAGUUCUUCAACGUCUCUCUGAAUCCAGAUGGAUGGAGCCAUUCAGCUAAUUGGAUUGGCUAUGUUGCUGUGUCAAAUGAAGAGUACUCGAAAUAUCUAGGGCGCCGCGACAUAAUGAUUGCUUGGAGGGGCACGGUGACAAAUGCUGAGAAGAUUGCAGAUCUGAUGGACUUCCAGAACCCAACCACAUACCACACGAUUCCUAGCCGCGAUCCAACCAUAAAAGUAGAGGCAGGAUUCUUGGACCUCUACGCAGGCAGAAACGUAGAUUGUCAGUAUUGCAAGUACUCAGCCCGGGAACAAGUUUUAGCUGAAGUGAAGAGAUUAAAAGAACUGUACCCUGGCGAGGAAUUAAGCAUAACGAUUACAGGGCACAGUCUUGGUAGUGCCUUGGCAACAUUGAAUGCUUAUGAUAUAGCAGAAAUUGGUCUAGAUGUAAUGGAAGACGGAAGAGUAAUUCCUGUGACCGUGUUCUCAUUCUCUGGUCCAAGAGUUGGAAAUGCAAGAUUCAAGGAGCGAUUGGAGGGUUUAGGGGUGAAAAUACUAAGAAUUUUUAACGUCCAUGACCAGGUGCCUAAGGUACCAGGAAUUUUCUUGAACGAACUUGUACCAAAAGUGCUGCAACAGCUUGGAGGAUGGUUACCAUGGUGCUAUUUUCAUGUUGGUGAGGAGCUGCCCUUGAAUCACGAAAACUCGCCCUUUCUGAAAGAUGAAAGCAACCUGGUGUUCUUCCACAAUUUGGAGGUCCUGCUGCAUUUGCUUGAUGGAUACCAUGGCAAGGGUCGAAGAUUUUGGCUUGCAGGUGGGAGAGACAUUGCACUGGUGAACAAAACAACAGACUUCUUGAAGAGGGAUUUCCUAAUUCCACCAAAUUGGUGGGAAACAAACAACAGAAUGCUCUUCAAAAAUCAUUUGGGACAAUGGGUUAUGCCGGAACAGCAUGAUCUUGAGAUCCACACCCCAUCGGAAGAUGUACAACAUCACCUCCAACAGUUGAAUCUAGCAUGUCAUGCCCAAUGGCAUUAGCUUUGUACCAGUGCCCCACUGAUAUAAUUAUUCAAGGUUCCUUUCCCACUUGAAAUUUAAUACUAACGGAGACAAAGGAAUAAUUAGUCCACCGGGUAGCCAUAACCACGGAAAUAAUAAGAAAAGCACAUAAUUUUUCAUCCAUUUUAUAUAGUAAGUACUGAUUUAUUCAGCUGCUUCCAUCGGUUGCAGCUAAGCAA